UCCAACCUCGCGAAUCUACUCUAUGCAAUUCAAAUCCUCGGCCACAAAAAAAAAAAAAACACCUUUUACGGAUAUUCGGGAUUUUUCUCGUUUUAACGUGGCAAUUAAGGAGUCGGCUUUCCUCGAUCCAACCUCGCGAAUCUACUCUCUGCAAUUCAAAUCCUCGGCCACAAUCCUCAGAUCUCUCGAGUUUUAUUUCUUUUAUGAUUUAAAGAUUCGUUGGUUUUGGUACAAACGGAAAAAUGUCGCGUUACUUGGCUGCGUUAUAUCAAAACAAUAUGAAGUCUAGUGGCGAAGAUUUGCUAAGUGCAAUAAUCCCUUUAAUGAAGCUCCUUUCCCUUACGGUUAUCGGUCUGGUUCUUGCGCACCCAAGAACCCAAAUAAUCCCAAGAGCGACGUUUAAGCUGCUCAGCAAGCUUGUUUUUGCUCUGUUCUUGCCCUGCCUAAUUUUUACUGAACUUGGUGAAAGCAUCACGCUUGAGAACUUUGCUCAUUGGUGGUUUAUUCCGGUAAAUGUGUUGGUCAGUACGGGUAUUGGCUGUAUACUUGGGUACUUGGUCGUGAUUAUUUGCCGCCCACCUCCUCAGUUCAAAAGAUUCACCAUUAUCAUGACUGCGUUUGGUAAUACAGGCAAUCUCCCUCUUGCCAUUGUUGGAUCUGUUUGUCAUACUGCGGAUAACCCAUUUGGACCACAUUGUCAUUCGAGAGGGGUGGCUUAUGUCUCUUUUUCUUCCUGGGUUUCUGUGAUUUUGGUUUAUACCCUUGUGUAUCACAUGAUGGAGCCUCCACUGGAGUACUAUGAGAUAGUUGAAGAAGGGAUUGAGAUUGAGGAAGAACUAGCAGUUAAUGAUGUCAGUAGACCUCUCCUUGUAGAAGCUGAAUGGCCAGGCAUUGAAGAUAAAGAAACUGAGCAUUCCAAGACACCCUUUAUUGCUAGAAUUUUCCAAAGCAUAUCAAAUGUUUCUCAAACCUCUUUUCCUGACAUUGAGGUUUCGGGAGAAGGUGGUGCGAACAGCCCCAGGUCCAUUAGAUGUUUAGCUGCGCCUAAAGUUUUCAGGAGGAUGAGAAUUGUGGCCGAACAGACUCCAAUACGGCACAUACUUCAACCCCCAAUGAUUGCUUCUUUGUUAGCCAUCAUCAUUGGUACAGUGCCUCAGUUAAAGGCUUUUUUCUUUGGAUAUGAUGCUCCACUAUCUUUUCUCACAGACAGUUUAGAGAUUUUAGGUGGUGCAAUGGUACCAUCUGUGUUGCUUAUUCUUGGGGGUAUGCUUGCUGAGGGGCCAAUUGAUUCUAAUCUUGGCCUUCGAACUACAGUUGGUAUAAGCAUAGCAAGGCUCUUAGUGCUUCCUGUGCUUGGAAUUGGUAUAGUAGCCUUGUCUGAUAAGAUGAAUCUUCUGGUCGACGACGAUGCAAUGUACAGAUUUGUUCUUUUGUUGCAGUACACAACACCAAGUGCCAUUUUAUUGGGAGCAAUUGCCAGCUUGAGGGGAUAUGCAGUUGGUGAGGCUUCGGCACUUCUUUUCUGGCAGCAUAUAUUUGCCCUUCUCUCUCUUUCCUUGUAUAUUGUUAUCUACUUCAAAAUAAUCCCAUAUGUUUGAGGUAAGGAUAAUAUUUUCUCGCCUUAGAGGCCAUUCAAUUAGUAGUUAGCGUAAAUGCAAUCAAUAUAAUAUUUUAUAUUGUAAUAAAAAAUUACAAUAUGUUGCCAGAUUUACUUGUUUAUUUGCUCUGUCUGCUCUAUUGAGUAGUAGUUGUGGAGGUGAAUGAUGAUUCUCCCCAUUCAGUGAUGAUUGGUUUAUGAAAGCUGAUUUUGCAAAAUGAUUAAUUA